AUGCAAUCCGAACUUGAUUUAUUGAAACAACACGUCCUGGCUGAGAAUGCUACGUUUACCAGAAGAUUUUCUUUUAAAAAAAUAUAUCCUUUUAAAGAAUUAUUACCGAAUGAUUUGGUUAACAAUAUACUUGAAUAUCAUUUAGUACCAAAUAAAAAACCAGAUAAUAUACAACUUUCAAGAUGUUGGUCAUCUAUAAUUAAUUCUCAACACUUUAAGGUCUUUGGUAAUUGGAUUGAAAAGAAAAAAAUUGUGGAUUAUUGCAAAAAAAAUCUUGUAGUUGGAAAUAUCUCUCAUAGAUUUGAAUUAAUUUAUCUUUCCAGUAAAGAUGAUGGGGGUAGUAAUCCACGUUUUUCUUAUCCUAAAGUUGGUAUACCAGUAAGAUUUAUUAUAAAAGAUUAUGAAACAUUUCAAGCUAUUAGAUUUGAAUCGCUUAAAAAUAUAGAUAGACUAAAGAAGGUUAUACAAUAA